CUUAAAAAGUGGGCGGGGCCACCUACUUUUCCAGGAGUAGAUGAUCAGGCAGCACAGGUCGGAGAAUAUUGGGGUCGUCCUGCUCGUUUAUUUCUCCUUUGCGAGGGUUAAUUGUUGAUACCGUGACGAAGAUGUCAACUGAAGCACCAGCUCGGGUGAACGUCGCGGCGAAUCUCGGCGGAAUGACGCUGAAAUCGCUGCUGGAAAAUCCCACCGUUCUGAAGCCUCCACCGGAACCCAACCAGAAUGCAGAAAAAGACCAGAAGCAAUUGGACUGGAGCAAGGAUGUGGAUCCAACUCUCAUCGCCUCUGCAUUCCUGGGGCCAAAUCUCUGGAACAAGACCAUCGCAGCCGACAGCGAUGACUUUAAGGAUUUCAAGCUCGAGUACAUGGACUUGGAUGAGUUUCUGGCCGAGAAUGGCAUACCGGUGAACCACGAAGACGAUCACCAUUCGGCCAGCCUGCCCACGACUUCGCAGACUGUGAUGCAGCACAGCCCCCCUCCUACGUACACCACCAUGACAACCAUGCAGCCCGCGAUGGCGUACGGACAGCACCCCAGGUCACCCCCUAUGGACCUGAACAAGCCUUCGACCAGCGGCGGCCACUACAGACAGCAGCUGUCCCCCACCCCGGGGGUCAGCCCGCCCCCUCACCUCACCGCCGAGGACGUCAUACCGAAAGUAGACAUCAGCUUGGACCCAGGUGACCUUGCUCUUGCAUCCAUUCCAGGAGCCAAAGAGGAUUUCGACCCUCGCAAACGCGCCUUCACGGACGACGAGCUCAAACCACAGCCCAUGAUGAAGAAAUCGAAAAAGGUCUACGUCCCGACCGACCUCAAGGACGACAGGUACUGGCAGCGCCGCCAGAAAAACAACAUGGCGGCGAAGCGCUCCCGGGACGCCCGCCGGGUCAAGGAGAAUCAGAUCGCCAUGAGAGCCAGCUUCUUGGAGAAGGAAAACAACGCCUUGAAAGAGGAGCUCUUGAAAGUCAAGGAGGAAAAUGCGUACCUGAAAAAGAAGCUGACCAAGUAUGAGCCGUAGAUCAUACUGAUUGUUAUCGAGAAGGGUUGAGUUUGAGAGAAGGGAUCACAUAUGUUUUCUCUGAACUCAACAAGAUCGUCACUAUUUUAGGAUAUGAAGAGUGUACAUGUAGUCAUGUUGAGGUGUUAAAAUACAGAUUUAACCAUUUGUUAUGGGAUGUACUUCUUGAAAAGUAGUCUUAAUACUUCAUACAUACAAUUCACAGCCUCAUUUCACACACACGAUACCUCUUCACGUUUGUGGGGACAAUAUUUAAAAUCAUGUGAUUUUCAGUAUCUUAUUAGAAAAUAAGCCAGUAUUUCAUCUUAUGUUCUACAAUAUAGCUACAGGCAAUUAGAUUGUGGACAACAGGUGCCCGGGUGUUGCAUAAUUGUUAUCUGUUUACGGGUGUUGCAUAAUUGUUAUCAGAAUGAUACAAGCAUGUUUGGCAAAACGCGAGCACCUUUCUGUUCUGCCAGUCAGACAAGUUUUAAUAACACACAAGAGGUCACUAAACACACAAGAGGGUAGGUCAUGUGAAUCUUGAACUGCAACUCUUUGUGAGUAACUGUUUAGUAUUCCCACGCUUCACCUUACAGACACACCUAUCCUACUUAUGUAUAUGUGUAACAAUUUGGUACUGGUACUUAAGGUGAAAAUCAUAAGGUUGAAGUCUUUCUGUACACAGUGAUGCAGAUGUUUGUCCCUCAUUUGUUUUGCUAGAGACAUUUGGGAUUACAUCUACCAGACUGCAUUAUCAGACACCCUUUUUAUUUUUCAAAAGAAUAAUUCCUGACACAAGUAAAAUAUCAUAAGCAAAUACUGCAUGCAUCCAUUUGAUAGCACCACAUAUUUCACAUCUAAACACUAUUCAGAAUUUCAGAUUAUAAGAAGCAGACAAAGUGUAUUAUGCACAUGCAUACAUACAUUUCAUAAAUGUUCAUCAUUAAUUCUUCAAACCAGAUACUUAAAUAUAUAUUUUACACGUCACAGAAUUCAAUCUCAAACACAAUAAUCAGCCAUAAAUUGAGAAAUAUUUCAUUUAAAAUAUUUGUCCCCACAAACAGUUGACACAUAUUGACUAAUUACAUUUUGUAAUAUUAUAUAGUCAUACAAGACCUUUAUGGCCAACAACAUUGUAUAUCAGAUUUAGCUGUCAUGAAAGUUACCUUUUGAAAAAAAGUUCCUCUUUGGAACUUUUUUAUUUAGUUUCAAAAUUAAGGUUGGCUGGAUGUUCCUUAGUUUGGUUUCGUCGAGUUUCUACUGAGACUUGGUCAUUUUGGAGCUCACUACAUGUAACGGUUAUUUCUUGUAAUUUUGUGAAAGUAGAACUUUUGUGAUUCUGCACUGUAAUUAGUAAUGUCUCAAAGAUGAAUUUGAACUUGACUCAGUGCUCAUUUUGCUGGGUUCACAGUGUGGAAUGGGUAAACCUGUCCUGCAGGAUUUGAUCUAUAUGUUAAGUCAUGGGAUGACAUAAAAUGUACCACGACAUAAAAAAAUUAUAGAAUGAUAACUGCUACAAUUGAUACACAGGACUGAGGACCAAAGUGAGCAAUGUUGAGUAACAUUAAAUGUAACGGGAACGACUAAGACAGGAAAAUGGUUUUGGUAAUACUUUUAUUGUUAGUGUUUGGUGGGUUUGUUUUGAAUUGCAACAAUUUACGCCAACCAUCACAAAGCUUGUGUGUUAGAUACAUUAAGCUAAGGCCAUACUAUUUACUUAAUGCUACAGUCCAAAAAGAUCUGCCAACUUGGAACAUUUUACUUAUUAUCUUGUGCAACGUCUAAUUGUUUUACAGUCUGUAGCUAUUUCCUGUUGGUGGUAUGAUUUGGUGACACCUAACUUAACGGUCAAACAGGGUCACAGUAAUUUUAUUUCAUACAUUCCAGACAAUGAGAAUCUUUCAUAAUACUCCAGAAUUAAUGGAAAUCAUUUUAUGAAAAUUUCCAGGAUAACUUAUAUAUCAAAAUGUUAUAAGAAAAAUAUAUAAAAGAAUUUAAUAGAAUUUGUUAUAGGAAAUUGAUAUCAAAUUAUAGUAUGCGGUUAUUUGGUCGGUGGUGUUUCUUUGAUGUAGCUCUUUAUGUGUGCAGACAAUCUUUCAAUGUAAAUUCUGUACUGAUAUGUUGUUCCUUUGUUGUGCAAUGAGUAGUGUGAACAACAUUGCUAUGGAAUGAUUAAGUUCUUUUAAGAAUGUAAACAUUUAAAAACGGAAUACAGGAAUGAGUGCUGGAAGGGCUUGCAUUUGCUCCACACAAUCAGUCCUCAAAAUAUACAUGUAAUAUGCAUUCUAGUAUGAUAACAUAAUCAUAACAAUAUUUCCUUUGUAGAACAGUUUAAAAACUCCUUGCCAAUUGUCAUUGAAAGGUUUGCUCAUGAGGCCUAACAAUGUGCAAGAUUGUCUCAAAACAGUUUAUUUGAGAUGACAGAAUGUAGAUUGUUGCUGUCAGUCAAUUAAGUGCCUUCUGGUAGAAAGUUUGCCCUGAUUGAAGUAUUCUGGUUAAAUUUUAGAUGCCAAAGGUGCUAUACAGGUAUCAAUUUGUUUUAAUUAUAUGAGAAGUGCUGGGAAAAGGGUAAGAUAUUUGAAGGCCCUCUGUGCCUUAGAAACAGUAUGUAUGUACCUGAGCAGGAAAGAGAUAAAAAAGACACCCCUCCCCCCCACAAGGACAUUUGCACAUGUAACUAAAAGACAAUUAUGUAUUGGUUUUUAUAAAGGAGAGGAAAACAUUUAUUGAUACUUCCCCUUGAAAUAUUUUGGACUGGAGCUACAUAAUGAAACAAUUAUUUACAUGAAAAUUGCUCAUUGUAAAGAGGACAGAAGAAAUGGCCCUUGAAAGGAUAAAUGGAGGAAAAUGAAAAUUAUAAAGGUUUGAAAUGAUGGCAAUUAUGUUUCAGAUGUACAUUGUAAAGUCAGUUCAGUUUGUAUGCUGUGAGUUACCAUGUCAUUAGUUUGUUGAGUGGACAUGCACCUAGAUGCUUUCUUGUUGUUCCUCUUUUUUCUGCAUUGCCAACUACAUGUAGUAUGCUCACUGGUAUGUACUGACAUACCGGUAAUAGUCUCAUACUACAAUGUACUAUAAUAGCUAUAAUGAAAUCAAGUUAACCUCUGAGUAAUUGUUACAUUUUGUUACACUACUGUCUUUUACAAGUCAAUAUUAUGUCAUAUUGAAAGUUGUACUUGCAAUAACUGAAACUGCCAUUGCUAAUGAAUGACAUUCAAUGUAUGUUAAAUAGUGCUUACAUACUAGUAACCAAUUUUCUUCUUUGAACUUUUUCAUCUAUCUUGAUAUGUAUGUAGAAUUGUGAAUCCCUGCUGGUUUGGUUUUACUAAAUGUCUACUCUAAAGUUUAUCCAGGAUUGUAAAUUGGGAUAUUGGUAUGGUAUUGAAUAUAAUGAGAGUAAAAGGAAACAUGGUGUAUUUUUGUGAAAAGCCAGAGAAAAUAUAGUGAUAUUGUAAAUGUGUAAACUGGUGAUAAGUUAAUCAAAUGUUAUUUGCUGAAAAUUGACUGUAAGAUUCCUCUUUAAAAUGACACAGAUGAUAUUAAAUGUUCGAUGUUCUUUACAGGAUUGUGUCGAUUUUUUAUUAAUUAAUUUCAUGUAGAUAGACUGUAGGAUGACAUCCUAAACACCCAGGGGGUAAAGAUAGAAGAUAUCUGGUGGCAUCUCACACACCAAAAAAGGAGUGUAGGGUCACAUCGUCUAGCCCAGCACAAAUGACCAUGAGAAUAAAAGGUGCUGGUAUGAAAGGACUGUCAGACAUUCUGUCCAUCACUAAUCAUUGUUAGAAUUUCUGCUGCCUCACCAACAGCCGAAGGCUGUGUCUGGUCAACCAUAGACACAAUGGUAGAUGUUGUUUUGUGCAGUCUAUGAAAAGGUUUGGCUGGAUCUUCAGCUACGUACCAAUUUUUUAGAUCAGAUAAGACAAUUUCAAAGGCUGGCAAGGAUCAAAAUUGGUGAUAAACAUCAAAUUCUCAAGGUUGUCUGUUGUCA